AUGGGACAGGUAGGGAGUUCGAGGAUACACGACAGAAUCCUAAUUCUGCAAGACCGAACGCGGGCAGCGGGUCGUUUUCACCACCAUGAUCACAUUGUGGAACUGUGUAGGUGCAGCAGCAGGACGGAGAGGAGGCGGUUGUCGUUAAAAUUUAUACGGCAAAAAUUAGGAACAAAAAUGUUAUUAAAGGCGAAAAAUAUGAAGAAAAAAGUAAAACUGCCGAACGGGCCGCCGUCGUUCCCACCGCUGCCGCCUCUGUAUACAGGUCUGCUCGGUGUAAAUAAUUCAACCGGAUUUCUCGGUACGCAGCAUCGGUCCAGGCGCAAAUAUCCGGAACCCGGUGGAACUCACAUACUUAAUCCUCUUACGAAAAAUAUUCGGCGGCGUUAUUAA